AUAAGUAUAUGGCAAGCACUGCUGCAGCCGUAGCAGCAGCAGCAGAAGCAGCAGCAGCACGAGAAGGAGCAGCAGACUCAGCAGCAGCAGCAGCAGCAGCAGCAGCAGCAGCAGCAGCAGCAGCAGCAGCAGUAGCAGCAGCAGCAGCAGCAGCUGAAGGAGCAGCAGCAGCAGCAGCAGCAACAGCGGCAGCAGCAGCAGUGGCAGCAGCAGCAGCGGCAGCAGCAGCAACAGCAACAGCAGCAGCAGCAGCAGCAGCAGCAGCAGAAGGAGCAGCAGCCAGCAGCAGCAGCAGCAGCAGCAAGCAGCAGCAGCAGCAGCAGCAGCAGCAGCAGCAGCAGCAGCAACAGCAGCAGCAGCAGCAGCAGGCACCGGUGACAUUUACGACCCAGCUGUCCCUGACUCCCCUGCUCACUCUGCCUCAUCGCACCAACACCAGCAGCAGCAGCAGCAGCAGCAGCAGCAGCAGCAGCAGCAGCAGCAGCAGCAGCAGCAGCAGCAGCAGCAGCAGCAGCAGCAGCAGCAGCAGCAGCAGCAGCAGCAGCAGCAGGAACAGCAGCAGCAGCAGCAGAAGGAGCAGCAGCAGCAGCAGCAACAACAGCAGCAGCAGCAGGUGCAGCAGCAAUAGCGGAUGGAGCAGCAGCAGCAGCAGCAGCAGCAGCAGCAGCAGCAGCAGAAGCAGCAGCAGCAGCAGCAGCAGCAGGAGGUGCAGCAGCGGAUGGAGCAGCAGCAGCAGCAGCAGCAGCAACCGCAGGCAGUGCAGCAACAGCAGGCGCAGUAGGAGGUGCAGCAGCAGCACCAGCAGCAGCCACAGCAGCAGCAGCAGCAGCAGCAGCAGCAGCCACUGCAGCAACCUCAUCGGCAUCGCCGCACUUCCUCUCCGUUCAUCCUCCCACGCAUCCACACUCGCUCUCACGGCCCACUCAUAGGCCAUCCAUGGGGUUGGCCAACACCAC